AUGCAGGAUAAUCAAAGUCUUCGUAUUCCUUAUUAUCGUCUACAUCCUGGACGUAACAGAUUUUGUUGUCAUGGCAGAGGGGUCUUUUCUCGGGAUAUGUGUAUAUUCACUAUCACCCUCCUUUUAAUUACCUCAGUUACAGUUCUCUUCUUUGCUUUUGAUUGCCGUUUUUUAACUCCCAUCUUAACUCCUGCUGUUCCUAUUUUAGCAGCGAUCCAAUUCCUAUACGUUGUUACUGCAUUUCUUCGUACAGCAUUCACAGAUCCAGGAAUUAUACCACGGGCCACACGUCCUGAAGUAGAAUGGACUGAACUCUCAAUUAGUACUGGAGAUGUACCUGUAAAUGACUCGAAUAACAAAAGUGAGCAUAAUGUAAAUGCAGUUCGAACUUAUCCACCCGGUGCCAGAACACGUCAAAUUCUAAUUGGAGAUCAUCUAGUCAAAAUUAAUUAUUGUCAUAGUUGUCGAAUUUUCCGUCCACCAAGAGCUUCACAUUGCUCUUCGUGUGAUAAUUGUGUUGUUAUCACAGAUUACUCACUUUAUGUUAUUAAUUUACACAAAUGCAGUUUUUUAUAUCGUUAUAAUCCAGAGUACGAUUAUUACAACGUUAUUCCAUCAGAAAACUUGGACUUACACACCAAGAAAUAUGUUUAA